CUUCCAUCACGGCAAUCCAGAGCUUCAACAUCGUCUUUUCUCAUAUCAACCGCAGCUGAUACUUGAUCAUACUGGUAUCGGGAUAUCUUGGCAAAGUCGCACUAUCAAGUUUUGUUUACGAUAAGAGCUUGCGGGGACACGCACGCCCACGUCUUUGCCCCGCAUCGAGCUCCAGUAUCACCAUCUAUCAACACCUAUCUUACCAGCAAAACAAAGCUCAUACCACAGCCGCCAUCACACAGCAACAAGUAUAGCAUUUGUACAAGCAUGGCUGGCGAGAGGCCGUUCCCGGCAUCGCCUCUGCCUAUAGGCGGGCCGAGAAAAUCCAGCUCGGGUGCUCGCUCAACAAUGUCCCCCAAGUCGGUUUCCGUGCUCGGUGCCCAUCCUUAUGGAUCACUUCAUGUUGUCCAACCUGACGAGCCCAUGGAUAUAGAGGAACGGCAGGAUAGUCCGCCUCCUCCUCUGGACCCCCCUGAGAGCCUGAACAGCCGAAAACAAGUUCAGUUUAGCGAUGCUCGGACAGAGAUCCGAGACGACUCGUCGAGUCUAUCAAACAGUAUGUCCAUGAGCCACUCCAUGGGCGGAGGAGACGUGCUCCUCAUUUUGGAUCUGCCCGAAGUCUAUCUCGUGGGAUACGAUACCACCUCAUUCACUGCCAGGCACUUUGGAGGCAUCAGGGAUAUCCCGCCCGGCCCUCAUUUCUUCUGGGUAACCCAUCCCGACAGCGGCGCCGUCAGGACUGGUUUCUGGAUUGUAUCCUCUGGCACACACCAAGUUCAUGUUUUGCAAUGGGACAAGUUCAACGAGACUGUGCUUGAACCAUCACGAGCAGAAGCCCGGAUCCAGGCCGAAAAUCUCGACAGUUUUCAUGACAAGCUGGUCCCUUAUAAUGACCCCUCGUCCGUCAAUCCAGAGGGAGAAAAGCUUGAUACAACCGUCCAAAAGGCAGCGAAUGAGAAAUGGAAGAUAUGGAAACAGUUAUCUGGGCACGUCAUCGAAGAGGUGCUCAGCCGCGUUACCGGGCAGCACGCCAGCAGUUGGCAUGUCGAUACAACGGAUCGUGUCAAGGGAGCUGUCCUUUUGGGCGCAGAGAUGGAGCUUGAAAUAAGAUUCGCAAACCAUGUGCUCCAAUCGAGAGAACUCAACUUCAGCUUCUCGCAGCACUCAAAGACAUAUUCUGCUAAUACUCUGGGAGCCGCUCGAAGCUUGGCUGCUACAGAUGCAACGUCCUACAUGAUGUCUGUCAUGACUGAACCCAACAAGGAGCUAUCCGAAGUUGACGUUGUUGGGGAACUGCAGUUUGCCUUUAUUGUCGGCGUGCAUCUUGGAAACGAUGCCUGUAUCCAGCAGUGGUGGCAUAUGGUGCUCAAGCUCAUCCUCAAGGCAUAUCUUUUGCCGGAGUACCGCCCAGUACUCGCUGCUAAGCUACUGCAGACCAUUGCCGCGCAGCUUCAAUACAGCUCCGAGUGGCUGGACGAGUCCAUCAUGGACUAUAGCGGCUCCAACAGCCAAGAGCUGAGGCUCGCCCUCAUCAUCUACAAACGCCGGCUGGAAGAGGUCCUCAAGAGCCUCGGCACUAACGCCACACCCGAACAGACCAAAGUCGGCACCGCGUUCGCCAGAGUGGAAGCCGAAGUCGUGGCCCUCGGGUGGGAUCUGCAUGCCGACUACCUGAGAAAGGGUAAAGUGAUGAUGGAAGACGGCGAGGAGGUCGAGGUGGAAAUGGCAGAGCUGCAGGCUGAAGACGAGCGUGGCGAGUGGGCGCCUGAAGUUGUCGAGCUUGACGAGCAUGGACGCCAGCGGGACUUGGUGUCGUGGAACGAUUAGGGGUUUACGGCCACGGACGGGCGUGAACGGGACGAGAGGCAGGAUGUCAGGCGGUCUGUGGAGGAGCCGCGUGAGAGGCAUGCUGGCUGGACGGGCUUGAAUGGGUGGUCGAAAUUGAUGACUGGGAGGAGGAUGAGUGCUCUGAAACAGGCAAAGAAACGGAUGAUUUUGUCAGAGUCUCCUUGAAAUGGAGGUUUUCUGAGCUUGAGUGAUUGUUUAUCCAUGCUUGGCGUUUGGGGGACUGGGCGGGUGUAUAUGGAGUGUAUUCGGUAUGGUUGGGUAGAUUGAAAAGUGCUACGGUCGUUUGGGUCUAUGGAGGUUAUUGAGCUCUGCUUUGAUGGAUAUCCGUAGUCAAACCUAUAUGUUUACUCGAUUGGCCCUUUGAGCUGGGGUGCUUGAGAAUGUAUAUUGCAGACUCUUCAUUUAUGAGGGAGCAAGAGAUUUGUCCCGUCUUUUGGAGAGGGUCCCCCCAUCUUGAUUGCUUUAUCCUGUUGGAAAC